AUGCUUAGCAAAGCGGCAUAUGGUGUUAAUGUAAAAGGGGAGGCAGCCAACAGGCUGGACCACAUGGUGGUGAGGAUAAGCCGGAAUAGGGGAAGCAACCCGUUUGAGGAGUUGGCGGGUGAGAGAUUGGCUUCCCGUCCGGCGGAUAGCCAAGCCGAAUUGAAGGCAAAGUUUAGCAUUAAUGGUGGUGCAGAAAGUGGUGCACACUUUACGGCCAGUUUGGGCCCAAAUGAAGGAAGUGAAACGAGGGGGAAGGAAUAUCUGCUGAACGAAUUAAACGAGUUUGUUUCGGUAGAUGGGCGGAGAGAGGAAGGUGGAGGUACGGUGAAAUCCUCCACCCACAGUGAAAACUCCAACGCGAGUAAAGACGCUACCCCGAUUGAGCAUUUGCAACAGAGUGGCCAACCCGUGGGCAGCGAUCACGAUGAAGACAUAAAGUUGAAACAGCUAUUAAAGAAGAGACAAGGAAUAAAAAAAGACAUCGUAACGAUAACGGAAAAGGCAAGGGAUGAAAUUAAAAAAUUGGUCAAAGAAUAUCGUAGUAAAGAAAAUAAAGACACAAAUUAUAUUUUGAAAUUAUUUUACAUAAUCAAGGGAUGCAAUGGAUUGACUCAUUCAUUUAAUUUUGUCCACAGAAAUGAGCUCCAUGCAAAUGACGAACUUAUUUUCGAAGACGAUGGCAGAAAGAACAUCCUCCUAGCGAUUGAUAGUAAAUGUAUACUCUACGUCAUUAACACGACGCUUGAUUAUUACAGCGACGAUUUGACGGAGCGGUUUGUGUUCACGAAUCCGAACGUCACGUCCGUUUGUCCCUGCGGGACGAGCUUCCACUUUAACCCCGGCAGCAGCUGA